CUAUUAACAUAUUUAUGUACCUGUCCAAUCAGAAGCCACUCCGCUGUACAAGAUCCGCCCACUUAAUAACUUGUUUAACCGUCGCUUCCGCUCUACCUGCUGAUAGUUUUUCUUUACGUUGCGUCCGUCAGUCCCGUAUGUGCGUGAUUCACCUGCUCAGCCGCUCCUGGAGAUCCGCUGAAGUUUAACACGGUAAAAUGGCGAGAGAUCAGCAAACCAAACAGGUGGAUUUGUCGUGCUUUUGUCCACAAUAAACUCCUGGUUCCCGUUCGCUCCGCAGGUCGGUCUGGAAGUGUUUUAUUCCCGUCUGAAUGAGUGCGAGUGUUUGUUCUGGUGAUUUAAUCUGAAAUAAUUCCUGCAUGAACUCUGCUGGAAUGACAAACACCGCGACAUAACGAGCCGACACACUCUCAACAAACAGGAAGACUUGAGGAUCUUCAUGAUGGAGGACAGCGCUGUGAAUGAAUCAAAUGUGAAAGUGGCUGUACGGGUGCGACCCAUGAACAGGAGAGAACGAGACCUGAAGACAAAAUGUGUGGUGGAAAUGGAAGGAAAUCAAACUAUAUUGUAUCCAGCCAGUGGAAACCUGGGAAAGGGUGACAGCAGGGCCAAACCAAAGUGUUUCGCCUAUGAUUAUUGCUUCUGGUCUAUGGAUGAGGCUGAGACGGGCAAGUUUGCAGGUCAGGAUGUGGUGUUUCAGUGCCUCGGCGAGAGUCUUUUGGACAGCGCUUUCCAAGGAUACAAUGCCUGUAUAUUUGCAUAUGGACAAACAGGCUCUGGGAAGUCGUACACGAUGAUGGGCUCGUCGGAGCAGCCAGGUCUGAUCCCGCGUCUGUGCAGUUCCCUGUUUGAGCGCAGCAUCCUGGAGCAGCGGGAAGGAGAGAGCUUCACCGUGGAGGUUUCCUACAUGGAGAUCUACAACGAGAAGGUGCGAGACCUGCUAGACCCCAAAGGGAGCCGGCAGGCGUUGAAGGUGCGAGAGCAUAAUGUUUUGGGCCCAUAUGUCGAUGGUCUGUCCCGUCUCGCUGUCACCAGUUAUAAGGACAUCGAGUCUCUAAUGUCGGAGGGGAAUAAAUCUCGCACUGUGGCGGCAACAAACAUGAACGAGGAGAGCAGUCGAUCGCAUGCGGUCUUCAACAUCAUCCUCACACACACACUUCGAGACAUGAAGACUGGGACGAGUGGAGAGAAAGUGAGUAAACUCAGUCUGGUGGAUCUGGCCGGCAGUGAGAGAGCAGAUAAAACUGGAGCUGCAGGAGAAAGACUCAAAGAAGGCAGCAACAUUAACAGGUCUCUGACCACUCUUGGACUGGUGAUUUCAGCAUUGGCGGAGCAGGGCGCAGGAAAGAACAAGACUAAAUUUGUUCCUUACAGAGACUCUGUGCUCACAUGGUUACUGAAGGACAGUUUAGGAGGCAAUAGUCGCACCGCUAUGGUGGCGGCGGUGAGUCCGGCGGCUGAUAACUAUGAGGAGACUCUGUCUACGCUACGAUACGCCGACCGUGCCAAAAACAUCAUCAAUCACGCUGUAGUAAAUGAAGACCCGAACGCAAGGAUCAUUCGAGAGCUGCGAGAGGAGGUGGAGAAGCUGCGCAGUCAGCUGUGCGAGGCUGAGUCCAUGAAGGCGCCGGAGCUCAAGGAGAGACUGGAGGAGUCUGAGAAACUGAUUCAGGAGAUGACCGUCAGCUGGGAGGAAAAGCUUAGGAAGACGGAGGAGAUUGCACAGGAACGUCAGAAGCAGCUGGAGAGUUUGGGCAUUUCUCUGCAGUCGUCUGGAAUCAGAGUAAUUGAUGAGAAAUGUUUCCUGGUGAACCUGAACGCAGACCCUGCCCUCAAUGAACUGCUCGUCUAUUAUUUAAAGGAACACACUCGUGUGGGCUCUGCGGACUCUCAGGACAUUCAGUUGUGUGGUUUGGCCAUUCAGCCUGAGCACUGCAUCAUUGACAUCAAACCAGAGACAGGAGUCACUCUCACCCCGAAGAGAAAUGCUCGUACAUGUGUGAAUGGAGCUGUGGUCUCGUCUGCUGUCCAACUGCAUCAUGGGGAUCGAAUCCUGUGGGGAAACAAUCACUUCUUCAGGAUCAGUGUGUCGAAUGUGUAUCGUGUGGAGGAUGAGGAUGGAUGUGCGAUGAAGGCUGGUCUUCGCUCUGAUCAACUGGAUGUUGACAGUCUCAGUCUCGCCUCCAGCGACACCAGCUUCAGUUUCGAGUCGGCGCAGAAUGAAGUCAUGAUGAAAGCGCUGGGAAACAACGACCCGAUGCAGUCAGUGCUUCACUCUCUGGAGCGCAGACACGAGGAGGAGAAGCGCUCUGCUCUGGAGCGUCAGCGGCUCAUGUACGAGCAGGAGCUCCAGCAGCUGCGCAAACGUCUGUCUUCAGAGAUGCAGACGCAAAGCUCGCACCCGCAGCACCACCGCAGCAGCGAACAGCUGAACGCCAGCACACUGUCCUCUCAGAGCCGCCUGCGCCAGUGGACCGACGACAGGGAGGUUUUGAUGAGCCGAAGUCUGCGAAAGCUCCGAGAACAGAUCGUGAAGGCUAAUUUACUAGUGCAGGAGGCUGGAUUCAUCGCUGAAGAGCUCAAUAAGAAAACAGAGUAUAAAGUCACACUGCAGAUACCGGCUGCCAACCUCAACGCCAACCGCAAGCGGGACACAGUGCUGAGCGAGCCAGCAAUUGAAGUGAGGAGGAAAGGCAAAGGAAAGCAGAUCUGGGCGUUGGAGAAGAUCGAGAACCGGCUGGUGGACAUGAGAGAUCUCUACCAGGAGUGGAAAGACUAUGAUGAGGAUGAUCCGGCCAUGCGUUCAUACUUCAAGCGUGCCGAUCCGUUCUUCGACGAGCAGGAGAACCACAGUCUGAUCGGUGUGGCCAAUGUCUUCCUGGCCUGCCUGCUGUAUGAGGUCAAGCUGCAGUACGCAGUCCCCAUCAUCAACCAGAAGGGGGAGGUGUCCGGUCGUCUUCAUGUUGAAGUGGAGCGUUUGAGUGGAGGUUUAGAGGAGUGCGAGACGGACAACGCAGACUCUGAGAACAGUCCAGAGAGCGAAACGCAGGAACGCAAACUCACCUGCAUGAUCAAGGUGUUGCAGGCCACAGGUCUUCCUCAGCAUCUGUCCAACUUUGUGUUCUGUCAGUAUCAUUUCUGGGAUCAGCCAGAGCCGGUGUUCAUCGCUCCUGAAGUGGGUCUGUCCGCUGCCAGGAGCAGAGAACCACAGAGUCUGGUGGUGUUCGACAACUGCAAGACUCUGGAAGUGGCUGUAACUGAAGACUUCCAGGAGUUUCUGAUGGAGGGAGCUGUGGCUGUGGAGGUUUAUGGUCACAAACAGGCAAAUCCACGAAGAAAUCUGGCUCUCUGGGACCUGGGGGUAAUUCAGGCCAAGACUCGCUCUCUCAGAGAAAGGUGGAGUGAAGUGACCCGCAGGCUGGAGCUCUGGGUUCAGGUCCUGGAGAUCAACGACACUGGAGUGUUUGUGCCGGUGGAGGUGCAGCCAGCUAAAGACGUCUCUACUGGAGGAAUCUUUCAGCUCAAACAGGGUCAGUCCCGGCGUGUUCAUGUGGAGGUUCGGUCAGUGCAGGACUCUGGAACUCUGCCUCUGAUCACAGAGUCUGUGCUCAACAUCUCUAUGGGCAAUGUGGAGGUCCAGCAGGCUCGACCUGCCAAAAGCAUAGACGCACACAGGGUGGGAGAUAAAGAUAUGGAUAGUUACCAGGAGGUUGAUCUGGAGAGACUGAGGGCUAAGUGGCUCACAGCUCUAACUCAGCGUCAGGAAUAUCUAGAUCAGCGUCUCCAGAAACUUGUUGGCAAGCAGAAUAAGUCAGAGGAGGACGUGGAGAGUGAGUCUCAGCUGCUGGAGUGUCGUCUGACUUUAACAGAGGAGAGGAACUCUGUGCUGGUGCCCUCUGCUGGCAGCGGGAUCCCAGGAGCCCCCGCCGAGUGGGUUCCUGUUCCAGGAAUGGAGACCCACAUCCCAGUCAUCUUUCUGGACCUCAACGCUGAUGAUCUUCACGAUCAUCUCUCUCCUCCUCUGGCUGGAGGUCUGGAUGCUGUGCUGAACAGAGAAGAUAAAGAGGACUUCAUAGAUUUACAGAUAGUCAAACACUAUGAGAAUGAGGUUAAAGCAGAGGCAUCAUGGGAUUGCACGGUUCAUGACAGCCCUGAGCUGAAUCGAGCCACAGGUCAGGAUCAGAGGGUUUACCUCACCGUCAGCACCACUGUUCUGCUCAGCCAUCCCGCACAAAUGCAGCUGGUCCUGCGCAAACGCAUCUGUGUCAACCUCACCGGACGCCAGGGUUUUGCUCAAAGUCUCCUGAAGAGGAUGUCUCACCGCAGCUCAAUCCAUGGCUGUGGAGUCACAUUUGAGAUUGUCUCAAAUAUCCCUGGGGACAUGCAGGGCUCUGAGGACAGGGAAAUGCUUGCUCGACUGGCCACUAGCACCGACAACCCAGGAGCCGACAGUGAAGCUGCUAUUGAGAAAUACCUGCGCAGUGUGUUAGCGGUGGAGAACAUCCUCACAUUGGAUCGUCUCAGACAGGAGGUUUCUGUGAGGGAACAUCUGACGGAUAAAGGAAAGAUUCCCAAACGCUGCCUCAGUUCACCUAAUGUACAUCGGCUUUCUGGCAGCAGGAAAGACCUGUCCAUCAGCCAAGACUCAGAAGACUAUAAAGGUGGCUGGGACAGUCGUCAGGAUAUUUCUGUGCCAACUUCACUCCCAAAGAGCAUAUCUCAAUCAUCAUCUGUGCAAAGUCACAACUCCGAGCCAGGUCUCUCAGGAUUGGCUGCAUCUUAUUUUUCCCCAGUGAAAGCUCUAGUGUCUCCAGUACCCAAGAUGUUCAAGUCUCUGUUAUCCAAGAAAGACGAGAAGAAAGAUGUGCCGUCUCCUGCUGCCUUUCAGCAGAAUGUGCCACGUAUUGUUGUACAGUCGGUCAGUCUUGAAGACAUCGGGAGCUCUGGACUGGUCUGUUCGACGCCAUCAGAAGAUGCUGCUCAAUGCAACCAAUCAGAACCUGCUUCCUUUGUGCCCAUAUUUACGGUUAUUCCCGCUGGAGUAGAGAACACCGAGGCAUCCACAAUAUUCUCAGAAACCACAUCUGACAACCAGAUAAGCCAUGCUACAGAGACUCCAGUUUCAGAGAAUUCAGAAAACAUUGAGGAGAUUCUUCCAGAAGUUCAACCUACUAAACUUUCUCCAGGGGUUCCACCUCCAUCUAUUUCACAAAAAGUUGAGGAGGUUCUACCUUCAUCUGUUUGCCAAGACAUUGAGGAGACUCUACCUUCUUCUACAAAGGUUGAGGAGGUUCUAUGUUCAUCUGUUUCUGCAAAGGUUGUCGAGGAUCUACCUCCUCCUGUUUCUUCAAAGGUUGAGGAUGUUCUACCUCCUUCUGUUUCUUCAAAGGAUGAAGGGUUUUUACCUCCAGCUGUUUCUCCAGAGGUCAGAAAGGAUACACCUCUUUCUCUUCCUCUAGAAUUUGAAGAGGCUCUACUUUCUCCUGUUUCCCAAGAGGUUGGGGAGGUUCUACCUUCUACAAAGGUUGAAGAGGUUCUAUGUUCGUCUAUUUCUACAAAAGUUGAUGAGGAUCUACCUCCUUCUGUUUCUUUAAAGGACGAAGGGGUUUCACCUCCAACUGUUUCUCUAGUGGUCCGAGAGGAUACACCUCUUUCUCUUCCUCCAGAAUAUGAAGAGGCUCGACUUUCUCCUGUUUCUCCAGAGGUUGAGGCUGCUUUACCCUCAUCUGUUUCUUCAGAAGUCAGAGAGGAUACACCUGUUUCUGAUUCUUCAAAAGUGGUAGAGGCUGAACUUCAUCCUGUUUCUUCAAAGAUCGAGGAGGUUCCACCUCUUGGCCCUGUAGAAAUUGAAGACCCAAAGCAAAGCCCGGUUGGUGACUCCACAAACAGUUCCAUCAGCGACGUCUCGAGCGGAUACAUCUCCACAAGUGUCUCAACAGCAACCCUCUCUGAGUGUGUGACCUUGAAUGAUCCUGCUCCCCCCAACAGCACUGAUGAUAAAGUAGACAAGCUUAUUUCCAAAAAGACUGAACCAAAAGCAGACGAUGCGAUUGUGCCAAACAGCAGCACAUCUCUAGAGCAUCGGUCAAAACUUGAACCAGCACACCCUACGCAUGGACAACAGAUAUUUACAGUAUCACAGACAUCAGAAGAACAUGGUCAGGAGUCUCUUCAAGAUGCACCUUCUCAGAAACUCCUUGUUUCUGCAUCCUCACUUCAAGAAACCUCUAAAACCAAUGUCCAAAAUGAGACUGUUCCAUCAUCUAGCCAAACAUCUCAUUCAAGAACCAAAGCCUCAUCAACACCAUCAGCUGCCUCAGAAUCAUCUGAACCAUCAGUUCCAGUGAAGAAUAAGCCAUCAGCACCAUCCAACACCAAAUCCACUGCUGCUUCCACCGCCAACCCUUUCCAGAUCCACAGAGUCAAGUCCUCUGGCCUGAAGUCUUUCAAAGGGAUCCUACGUGAAGAGGAGGAGGAGGGUAAAAAUAUGGAGUCUUUAUCAGCACUGAAUGAUUCUCAAGAGAAACUGGAGAUCCUUUCAGAUUCGGAGGAAAGCCUAGAGGCUCCUGACUGGCUAAAAGAGGGGGAAUAUGUUACUGUGGGCACCAAUAAAACUGGAACAGUCCGUUACGUUGGCCAGACUGACUUUGCGAAGGGCGUUUGGGUUGGAGUGGAACUUGAUGUUCCAGCAGGUAAAAACGACGGUUCGGUUGGCGGUCGCCAUUACUUCCACUGCAACCCAGGUUAUGGUGUUCUGGUGAGACCAAACAGAGUUACAAAAGCAACAGGAACCGCCAAACGACUGAGGCAGAAACACAAGCAGAACCUUUCAGGAUCAAGUCCCAACCUGGCAGCCCUAACAGCGAUGGCCAAAGGAGACUCCGGAGCACGCAAGAGGGAAAACCGAAAGUCUUGGGUUAGCUGAGGAAAAUUAUGCGUGUACUUACUGGGACAACGGCAGUAUUGGUAUGGCACUGAAACACUACACUGAUACAUAUGCAAGGAUGUGAAUGCAUAUCAACACUACUUAGUGCCUAGUGUUUGAAAAAACCCCAUGAUUUAAAGCACAUAUUCAGUCUCAAUAAGCAGUAUUUUUGGUAUUUAAAUGUUUUUAAUCUAACAAAGUGCCGUUUAUCUGAACGAAAAAGGGGAUGAUCACCCAAAAUUGAACAUUUACUUACUGUUUACUCACCUUUUAAGUGGUUCCAAAAGUUUUAUGAGUGUUUUCCUUCUGUUAAACACCAAAGAGGAUGGUUA